UUGCUCAAAACGCAAUAGCAUCGGUCAGUUAGAAAAACCCUAAGCCAGGAGUGGCAAUACUCACCCCAGUCACGGUUAAAGAACACUCCGCCGCCGCAACCGUCGCAAAACCUUUCACCACCGCCACCUCUUCCUCUCAUUUCCCAAACUCUCUCUCAGCUUCCCAUACUCGCUGAAAAACACAACACAGAACAGCACCAAUCCAAGUUUCAAUUCCAAGAAACAGAACACACUAUCUCACUCACAAUGGCCGGUGGUAGAUUCCGCGAGCUUAUGAAAAAAUACGGCAAAGUAGCACUCGGCGUUCACCUCAGCGUUUCCGCAGCUUCCAUCACCGGUCUUUACGUCGCUAUCAGAAACAACGUCGACGUCGAAGCCAUCCUCGAAAAGUUCCACAUGGGCGCUGUCUCCGAUCAAGAAAAUCCCAACCCUAACCAUUCCGUCGACGACGCCACCGCGCCGCCCAAGAACCGGACGGCGCAGCUCGCCGCCUCCGCCGGCGGCGCGUUCACCCUCGCUCUCCUCUGCAACAAGGCUCUGUUUCCCGUUCGGGUUCCUAUCACCGUCGCUCUCACUCCCCCUAUCGCUAGGUUCUUGGCGAGGAGGAACAUCAUCAAGAGUGGUGUAUGAAUUGGAUUCGGUAUGUGUUGCAUUGUUGUUUGUGAUAACGAUUACGAGGAGGAUGAUAUUUUAUACCUUGUUGCAUACUUGGUUUUUGUGGUCUCGUGGUUUAGACCUGAAAAGGAAUAACGAGAGGAUUUUUAGUAAUGUUUUUACUCGAUAAAGGCAAUGGUACAUGCUCA